GAUAUGCAGAUUUCAGGCGAUACCGCUAGUGUGACGUCUAUUGUAGUGGACGGGACACUUCAUAAACAGUCAAACAUUUGGUCGGCAACCUGCGUAGCCAACAUUUCCUAAAACAUCAGUCACUGUGUUUUAAACAUACUUCUGCCGUGUCUAUUUGUUGGUCCAUUUAAUGUAACGUUAAUAUUUACGUUGUUUGUCAGGUAGCUGGCUUGCUAAGUUCGCUUUGCACUAGGCUAAUCGCUAAUGCUAAGUAGCUAGCGAGCUAACAUCCCCGAUCAUGAGUUCACUUCGCUACUCCACUCCUGCUGAAGAAGAAGAGGGGGUCUGCUGGACGGAGAAAGAAGAUGAGGCUGUCACAGUUAAACAAGAAGUAGAUGAUGAGGCUGUUACUGUGAAAGAAGAAGAGAAAGAAGUUACUGUGACAGAGAAAGAAGCUUUCAGAAUGAAAGUGGAGGAGGAAGGAGUUUUCGGAGUGAAGAUGGUGGGGAAGAUUACUGGCACGUUGGAAGAGGAGGAAGAGGAGACGGGAGGUCUGAGUAACACCACAGGAGAGCGACCAGACUCUCACUCUGGCAGCGAGAGUGGCAGCGAGAGUCCUUCAGGGGAACCAGACCCAGAGACGUCCAAAUCGGCGAGACAACACCACUGCUCCCAGUGUGGGAAGAGUUUUAUCCGAUCACAACAACUGAAAUCACACAAGAGAACACACACAGGAGAAAAGCCUUACCAGUGCUCCCAGUGUGGGAAGAGUUUUAUCCGAUCACAACACCUGAAAUCACACAAGCGAACACACACAGGAGAAAAGCCUUACAAGUGUUCCCAGUGUGGGAAGUGUUUUACUCGGUUAGAUUACCUGAAAAGUCAUAAGCAAAUACACUCUGGAGAGAAGUCUUACUCCUGUUCCCAUUGUGGAAAAAGUAUUAGGUGGUUAGGGACUCUGAAAUCGCAUGAGCGAAUACACACACAAAAAAAACUCCAAUGUUCCUUGUGUGGAAAGCGGUUUACCCAGUUAGAAGCCCUGAUUGUGCAUGACAGGACACACACAGGCGGGGAUAAGACCUACCACUGCUCCCAGUGUGGAAAGAGAUUUAACUGGUUAAGGCAGCUGAAUAAGCAUGAAAGAAUACAUACAGAGGAGGAGAAGACAUACCACUGCUCUCAUUGUGGAAAGACAUUUUCCCAGUUAGAGGACCUGAAAUCACAUGAGAAAAUAGAGAGGCUGUGUUCUGACUUGAGUUUUUGACUGAUCAUUUGUGUUUUUGUUUAAUCUUUAUGAAAUCCAUUUGUGUAUAUAUGAAAGCAGAAUAAGGUUCCUGCUGUUGUUUCAUUUAGAGACCUGAUCGUGUCUAAUAUCAGGUGUCUGUUGGGUUUUUGAUGAUGAGCUUCGUUUGAUUUGAUACAAGUAUAAAGCCUCUGUUCAUCAUAUGCUUUUCAUAUUGCAUAAUGUACAUAAAUAUAUAAGUCAUUUGCCUUU